AUGCCUCACUCAGUUGGGUAUAUAGUAGACUAAUUUUCUGAUGAUGAGAAUGAUCUUGAAUCUAAAAUAGAAUUUCAGGCUGCAGGAGUUAAUGAAUCCUCAAAUCACUCCUUUACAAGUAUUUUCGAAAGAAAGCACGAAGAUCUAGCAUAAAUAGCAAGGGAUGUCAUUAAAAUAAGGAAGAAUUCAAUUAAAUUAACAUUCAAAGAUGUGAGAUUUGAAAUCACUAAUGAGCUAAACAAAGACAAGAAAAAGGAUAUUGAUUAAAAAGUAGUCAAAUAGUAAAUCCUUAAAAAUGUAACAGGUUAUGCAAUGCCAGGAUAAACUCUAUACAUAAUGGGAUCAUCAGGAGCAGGUAAAACCUCUCUUUUAAAUAUUCUCAGUGAUAGGACUUCAAAGAGAUCCGGUACUACUAUCGAGGGUUAAAUACUAAUAAAUGAUAAAACUUAACUUAGUUCAUAAGUUUUUGGAUCUGUAGCUGGGUAUGUUAUGUAAGACGACAUACUUUUUGCAUAUUUUACUCCAAAGUAAGCUCUAACAUUUGCAGCUAGACUUAAAUUGAAUUAAUAUUCCUAGAAGAUCUAGGAUGAGAGAGUUGAAUCACUGUUAGAAGAAUUAGAAUUGAAAGCAUAAGCUGAUACCAUAAUAGGAAGUCAAAGAAAAAAGAUGCUAUCUGGGGGUGAGAGAAAAAGAGUGUCUAUAGGAGUUGAAUUAAUUACAGAUCCUUCACUAAUUCUAUUGGAUGAGCCAACGUCUGGUCUUGAUAGCUUCAAAGCACUUAAAAUAGUGAAGCUAUUGAAUAGAUAAGCUAGAAAGGGAAAAACAGUGAUUUCUACUAUUCAUUAGCCUGGCUCAGAAUAAUUUGCCCUCUUUGAUCGAUUAAUCUUUAUGUGUGACGGCUAAAUAAUUUAUCAAGGAGAGGCAAGAUUAUGCUAAAACUAUUUUGCAUAAAUUGGCUUACCACUUCCUAGAUUUUCAAAUCCUUCAGACUACAUCAUGAAGCUAGCUACUGUGAAUUACCCGAAAGAAAGAGAUGAUGAGAAAAAAAUCAAAUAUCUCAUGCAAAAUUAUGAGCAAAUAUAGUCGAAGGAAGUCUAGAAAUAAUCUUCAGAAAUUUUAUUGGCUGAAUUUGAAAUUGAUAUUUUAAAAUCUAAUUAGGCAAGCAGUUGGAAAUAAUUUAAAGUACUUAUUGAGAGGUCCCUAAUUUAAGCAAAGUACGAUCCUCACUAAUGGAGUGCAAGAAUUUUAUAAACAAUUUUCAUUGCUAUAUUAAGCUUGGGAUUAUUUAGAAAUUUAUCAAACAAUGAUUUUUCGACAUAGAUUGGGCUUGCAGGGUUUUUGUUUUUCACCUGCAUUCAACAACUCUAUGCUCAUUCCAUGAGUAAUUUAUUAGCUUUUUAAGAGGAAAGACCAGUAUUUUUAAGAGAGUUUGCAAAUAAAAUGUAUGGCAUAGCUCCCUAUUACUUGUCCAAAAGUGUAGUUGAGAUUCCAGUAUUACUAUUAUAGCCAUUUCUUUGGGAAAUAAUACUCUAUUUUGGAGUCGGAUUAAGUAGGACAAAAGAAUAGUUCGGUUACUUUUACUUAAUUUUGACUUAGCUCUCUUUCUGUGCUUCGUCGCUUGGAAUAUUUAGCUCAAGUUUAUUUAAUAAUUCGGAGAUGGCUGUAACUGCUGCUCCUGUUUUGGUCCUUCCCUUAGUACUAUUUAGUGGUUUUUUCUCAAAUUCUGGUUCAUACCCAACAUGGAUUGGAUGGAUCCAGUAUCUUUCACCCAUUAGAUACACAUUAGAGGCUUUUAUUUACAAUGAAUUUGGUUCAAGAGAUUACUUACCAGACGAAAGAUAGAUUAUUGAUUUUUUAGAUUACAAACUAGGCAUGUCAAAGUGUUUGUGGAUUGUUUUUGGUUUCACUAUUAUUUUCAGGAUAAUUACUGGACUCUCAUUAAGAGCUCUAACAAGCAAAUUUUAAUGA